UUAAAAUGUAAAGGUUUAUUUAAUUUUUUUUUGAUAAUUCAAAUCUUCUUUUAUUUUGAUAAUAAACUAAUUUUUAUAAAGUUAGUAACGCGUUUUACACUUACUUUCGUACUUUAAAACCAUUACCAAUUAGUGGGACUUUUCAAAUUGACCAGAUGUACAACUUAUUUUUUCUUUACCAGUUAUUGGGACAUGCAAUUAAUUGAAAUUAUUAUUAAAUUAGCCUUCAGAAUUGCACAAAAUAACUUGUUUUUACUGACAAGAGUUGAAAAUGAAUAUAAGUUGACAAAUAAAAAUGUUUUUUUUAUAUGUAAAACUUAUUUGACAUAUUAUUUAAUAGUUAAAUUCUUUAUUAAACCCUUAACUGAUCAGGUACUGGGACUUUCACUUUAUCUCUGAAGACUCAGUAGUUGGUCAAUUAUUAUCUAAAUACUUUACAUGAAUUCCUUUAUACCUCAAUAUGAAUUGUAUAUCACUGAUUCAAACAUUUUUUUCACUAUUAUAAUAACUUAAAAAAUAUAAAGUAUUGUAUUAAAUAUAGAAUGUUUGAUACUAAAAUUAUAAAAAUUUAAUAUAUUUGGUUCAUCAUACACGAAUAGCUUAAUAAAAAAUAAAAUUCAAAGUGGUUAGGUAUUGGGACGUGGCCAGUAACUUAUGUACCGUUAUAUGAUACGGCUUAAACGAUAGCUAUGUGUUUUUCAUAUUGAAUCUUUUGCUUCUUUGUAAAAUAAGUAUUUAAAUUGGAAUAUAAUUAAUCAGCUAUAAAAAUUUUAAACAUAUUAAAUGGAGGUACGACGAAGAAAAACAAGAGAUGAAAAUGAGAAAUUUGAUUUUAAUACCGAAAAUAUUAAGGAAGGAAUUUUUCAAAAAACGAAAAAUGACCCAUCCAUAGAAAGAACAAAUAAAGAAUUAAAAAAAGGAAAGACUGAUAAAACUUUAACUAACAAUAUCAUUAACGUUAAAAAUGAACAAAUAUCAAAUAAUGAAUCUUUAAAUAAAGAAAAAAUGGAGCAAUUGACAAACACUUCAUCACCAGUUCGACUUAAAGUAAAUUUUGAAAUAGAUUUAGUGGCUGUUAUAUUAUUAAUAUCUGGACUUGUUACUCGCCUCUAUCAUCUGGAAGAACCUCGCAAUAUCGUAUUUGACGAAUUGCAUUAUGGUAAAUAUGUAAGUCUCUAUAUGAAAAAAAUAUUUUAUUUUGAUUCCCAUCCUCCUUUGGGAAAGCAACUCAUAUCAGCUGCAGCAUAUUUGGCAAACUUUGAUGGUCAAUUCAAAUUUGAUAGAAUAGGAAAUCCAUAUGGAGAAAAUGUUCCUCUCUUUGCAUUAAGAUUAAUACCUGCUUUAUGUGGAAGUUUUCUAAUUCCUACUGCUUACUAUUUGUCAAAAGAAUUUGGACUUAGACAUUGGAGUUGUAUAAUUACUGGCCUAAUGUUGCUUUUUGAUAACGCUCUCUUGACCCAGUCACGUUUCAUCCUUAUGGAAAGUAUUUUAAUACAAUUUUUACUUAUGGGUUUAUUGUGUGUAAUGAAGUUUAGAAAAGUUCAUGAUGAACCUUUCACUUUUGCUUGGUGGAUUUGGUUAACAUUGGCGGCAACUAAUUUGACAUGCGCAUUAUGUGUCAAAUAUGUAGGAUUUUAUUCAUUAUUUCUUGCACUUGUUUUGAUUGGACGAGAUUAUUGGAAUUUACUAUCAAAGAAUGAAGUUUCAAAUUUGAUUCUUUGGAGUCAAUUAUUUCUGCGGAUUUUGACGUUAUUCAUUAUCAUAACAACGGUCUACUUAGGAAUAUUUUAUGUUCAUCUGUCGGUACUGACAAAAGCCGGCCCUCAUGAUUCCGUGAUGACAAGUGCAUUUCAGGCUAGUUUGGAAGGAGGAUUGGCUAGUAUUACCAAGGGACAACCCUUGGAAGUAACUCAUGGUUCGCAAAUUACACUUCGCCAUACGUAUGGCAGAGCUUGUUGGUUGCACAGUCAUAAUCAAGUCUAUCCUUUGAGAUAUCCUGAUAAACGAGGAAGUUCACAUCAGCAACAAGUGACAUGUUAUUCCUUCAAGGACGUUAACAAUUGGUGGAUUGUUAAGCGACCUGAGAUUAACGAUUUGGUCGUUACGAAACCUAGCGAACCCAUCAGACAUGGAGAAGUUAUACAAUUAGUUCAUGGAAUCACUAGUCGUGCUUUGAAUUCACACGACAUUGCAGCACCAAUGACUCCACAGAGUCAAGAAGUUUCAUGUUACAUUGACUAUAACGUUUCAAUGUCUGCUCAAAAUUUGUGGCGAGUGGAAAUCGCUAAUCGGGAUCAAGCCGGCAAUGUUUGGCAUGCUAUACAGAGUCAAGUUCAACUAAUUCAUGUAAAUACAGAAUGUGCCUUAAAGUUCAGUGGUCGAAUGUUACCCGAAUGGGGUUUCAAUCAACACGAGGUUGUUGCGGAUAGAAUAAUUGAGCAAUCAAAUGCCAUAUGGAAUGUAGAGGAACACAGAUACACAAAAAGUGAGGAUCAAAAGCAGAGAGAACGAGAAUUGAUUAAUGCAGAAAUGAUACCAUUGAAAGCUACAAGUUUAUCGUUUUGGGAAAAGUUUUUAGAGUUGCAGAUGAAGAUGCUGUUUGACACUCAUGAAGAACAAAAUAGUCAUAUGUAUUCCAGUGGACCCUUGGAGUGGCCCUUCUUAACUAGGGGCAUUGCAUAUUGGAUUUCUGCCAAAAGUAAUGCUCAAAUCUACCUUUUGGGAAAUAUAGCAGUUUGGUAUACUGGGACAAUUGCAGUAAUAGUAUAUUCAGGACUUUUAAUUUUCUAUUUAAUGAGACGAAAGAGGCUUUGUUAUGAUAUUUCUGAAGCAGAGUGGAAUAAAUUUUCAACUAUUGGUCAAGUUUUAUUAACGGGAUAUUUGUUACACUACUUACCUUUUAUAUUUGUUGAAAGAACUCUUUUUUUACAUCAUUACUUACCAGCAUUUAUGUAUAAAACAUUAUUAACUGUUGGAACAAUAGAUCAUAUAUACUCUCUACUCAGAAUUCAUUUCAAGCGGAGGCACUUUUGGUCUAUUUUUAAGUUAUUCACCAUUUUUUGGAUUGGAUUUAUUGUUUUCGUUUUUCGCAAGUUUGCUUCUCUCAGUUAUGGAAUGACACCUUUGAGUGCUAAAGAAAUUUUAAAAUUAAGAUGGAGUGAUACCUGGGACUUCAUUAUUCAUAAAACUUGAAUAACUUUAUUUUUUCAUGUUUUCAUAAGUGAAAGCCGUAAAAAUAAUGUAUACUAGUUUAAUUUUGUUAACAAUUCGUAUUUUUCUCAAUACAUAAUAUAAAUUAAAAUUUUAUAAAAUAAAUGGAGAAAUUUUAGUUAUUAAAAAUGUACAUAUACAAUUUAUAUUUAUAUGUGGAUAAAGUUGUUUUUUCAAUAAAAUAUUUUUAUAAUUUAUUAUAUAA